AUGAAAUCACCCUUUCAGCUCACGCGGAUCGCGGAUCUUCCUCCAUCCUCAAACGUCGACACAGUCUCUCUGAAAGAUAUUCUCGGAGACACUCUUAUCUCAGAAUGCUGGGAAUUUAACUAUCUCCACGACCUCGACUUCCUGAUGGAUGCAUUUGAUGAAGAUGUUCGAGAUUUUGUCAAAGUGCACGUGAUUCACGGAUUUUGGAAGCAGGAGGAUCAGGGCCGCCGAAACCUCAUGGAGCAAGCUACCAAAUAUCCCAAUGUUACUCUUCAUACGGCAUACCUGCCCGAGAUGUUUGGCACUCACCAUACAAAGAUGCUGAUUCUCAUUCGACAUGAUGCCAAGGCUCAAGUCAUCAUCCACACUGCCAAUAUGAUCCCUUUUGACUGGGAAAAUAUGACACAGGCAGUGUGGAAGUCCCCAUUGCUGCACCUAAGCAAUAACAGCGCCCCUUCGACGCAAUCUUGGCAAAUGGGUAGUGGGUCUAAAUUCAAGUCCGACUUUCUCAACUACCUCCGAGCAUAUGAUUCGAAAAGAACAAUCUGCAAACCAUUAAUUGAACAACUCAUCAAGUACGACUUUUCGGAGAUUCGAGCCGCUCUUGUUGGUAGCGUGCCUGGAAGGCAAGAUAUGGAUACCGACUCGCAAACUUGGUGGGGCUGGGCGGGCUUGAAAAACGUGUUGAAGUCGGUUCCAGUGUCUGGCCCGGAGCCAGAUAUCUUUAUUCAGAUCUCUUCCAUUGCAACACUUGGUCAGAAUGACAAAUGGCUGGAUAAGACUUUGUUCGAAGUCUUAAAAACCUCAAAGAACCUAAAAUCAAAGCCGAAGUUCCACGUUAUAUUUCCCACCGCAGAUGAGAUUCGGAGAAGUCUGAAUGGUUAUGCAUCUGGUAGCGCUAUUCACACCAAAAUCCAAACUGCUGCACAGGCUAAGCAACUUCAAUACAUAAAGCCAAUCCUUUAUCACUGGGCAGGAGAUGGGCCUCAGCAUGCCUCAGCAGCGUCUUCUGCAACGACGAAUGACGCGGGUAGGAAACGGGCUGCUCCACAUAUCAAAACUUACAUCAGAUUCUCGGACAGAACACAUUCUACAAUUGACUGGGUGUUGGUAACGUCGGCAAACCUAUCCAAACAAGCAUGGGGUGAAGCUCGGAACCCUGCUGGAGAGAGCCGAGUGAGUAGUUAUGAGUUGGGGGUCCUUUUAUGGCCUGCACUGUUCGGAGAGAACGCUACUAUGGUUCCCACUUUCAAGACAGACACACCACCGGUUACGGGGAAGCAGCCUGGCGAGUUGGUGAUUGGGGCGCGGAUGCCUUAUGAUCUUCCUCUUAUCCCUUACGCAAGAGAUGACGAGCCAUGGUGCGCAACGAAAUCCUACAACGAGCUUGACUGGAAGGGUAUGGCUUAUAGGCUGGAGUAA